AUGCAGGAGGAAUCCGGGCGCUUGCGCCGGGAAAACAAGCGCUUGGAACGAAGCUAUCAUCAAGCUGGUUUGGAGGAGCGGCGCGUCGCAGAUCUCGCUCGUUCUCAGCCAGGCACCUCCGAGCAGAAGCUCGCGUCGCUCAAGGCGGCAUGUGAGAGGCUGGAGCUGGAGAAUGAACGUUUGAAGCAGGAUUUGGAAGCAGGACAAGCAGAUCUCAGCAGUGUGCGAGAUGUUGUUGCUCACGCAGCACCCAGUCGUCACCAAAGGUCUUCACCAUCCAUCGGCAUGGGUCAUAACAAGGUGGUCGCAGCAGCGAGCAGCGACUCAGCAACCAGGCUUCAGCGGGACAGCAGCAUGCCUCUUUUGAGACGCAGCUUUUGUUGA